UGAUGGUGAAGCAGAUGGGCCCAACAGGCCGGCAUCGGUUAUGACGCAUCGUGCCUAUCGAUAAGAAAGUCGCCAAAGCUCCCGCCCUGCAGAAAACAUGUGCGCGCGGCAUUUCUGCACACCGCAAUAUCGCGCAUUUUCCCAUAUACCCCUCGAUGUGUUCAGAAGCUGAGCGAUAGCAUGAAGCAUGGUCAUUUGCAAAGCCCCUGUUUGGGGCUUGGGGCGGGUUUCGACGAAGCUCCCCAGGCUCGAUAGCACGAGCAACGUCGCCGAAAAAACCUUCACCUCUCGCCUGCACACCACGGCGUGCCUCAAUGCCUUGAAUAUCCGCCGGGCGUCGAGUCUUGCUAAGGAAAAGCAGCGCGCUGAACGCGAUCAAUUGACUCGCCUACUCAAAGAGUCUGACGCCAAACGCGACGCAAGGAACUAUAUUAAGCAUUUUGAUGUCGCCAAGAAGGCGCCUGUGGACGCUCCACCAAAGACCAGGCAGGCUGUGAGUGCUACAUUCCAUGAGGAUCCAGCCACAGCGCUCACGGGUGUCAAUCUCGGCAACCUAUACGAGCACACCAUCUUCACACGCGAACAACCGCCCGGGGAUGGAUUUGGAGAGAGUAUAGAAGAGCCCAUUCAUCUUGCACUGGUGAAGAUACGGCAGCCACAGGCCCUCGACGACGCUACCCUGGGCGGCAUCGCGUUGACGCUGAGUCAACUAGCCCAGCUGGGAUUGAGUACAGCAGUGGUACUGGACUGCGAUGACGACGCUUCCUGCGACACAGCGCACGCGCGACCGCCCUUAGAGCAGACAAUUAGAAGGCAGGCAACACGCAUGGUCGCUGCGCUGCAGCGAUACCACGAGCCUGGUGCUUUGCUGGUCGAGCAUGCACUCAGUUACGCAAGCCUGGGUCAAGAUGGGCUAAGCACAGCACAUGUGCGGGGAGAUGUAGAAGUCAAAGACAACUAUCUCCUCUUCCCGCCGAUCGACGACGGUAUCAUACCUGUCAUCCCGCCGUUGGCGUAUGACACAGACCUAAAGAGGGUAACCGUCCUGGCAGACGACGUGGUUCUGGCCUUGGUUCGAGAGUUUGCUGGUCUCGCAGGCGGUUCCAGUAGCAUCAAAAGCAACACACAUAGUCGUCAAGACGUGUAUGAGCGGCCAAUCCUCGACCGCGUCAUCAUCUUAGACCCUCUGGGCGGUAUCCCAUCCCAGAACAGGGCAGAUGGCGCACAUGUCUUCGUCAAUCUUGAAGCAGAAUACCGGCACAUCAAAGAGGAACUAGCAACAGUCGCGUCGGAUGCAAAAUCUGUUGACGUCGAACGGAAAUCAACGUCACUCAGUAGCGAGAAUCCACUCUCAAAAUUUGUCGAAGGUGAAGUUGCGCCGCUGCCUGGGCCUCCAGCAACCCGCAUGAGCGACAUAUCGCCACCCGACCGACAUAUAAAGAAUCUUGAUGUGGUCGAACGAGCAUUGAAGCUGCUCCCACCGUCGUCCUCAGGCCUGAUCCUCACUCCGAUUGAAGCAGCUACCGAGUCCCUUCCUGCACCCGACGAGUCUGGACGUGGUUCAAAGCCGUCGCCGAAUCCACUAAUUCACAACGUCUUGACCGACAAGCCCAUGGUGUCGUCUUCUCUCCCAACGUCUCCAGCAAGCCGUCUUCAUGGUCUGCACGCUUCAAGACCAUCGACUUUUCUCAAGAAGGGUAUCCCUCUGACCAUGAUUCCCGAUCCACGGGUCUGCGGGCCCUGGCAACCACCAUCCACCGGCUACCCCAGUAUUGACCUUGGCAAUGACCCGCGUAUCAACCUACCCAAGCUCGUGGACCUCAUUAACGACUCUUUCCGCCGCAAACUAGACCCGAAGGACUAUUUGGCGCGCAUUCACGGCCGAGUAGCUGGCAUAAUCAUCGCCGGUGAUUAUGAGGGUGGCGCGAUAUGUACUUGGGAAACGCCUUCGACACUUCGCCGGCACGAAUUUGGCUCUACUGCCGAGUCAAACGACGUGGAAUCCCCUCACUGGGUUCCUUACCUCGACAAAUUCGCCGUUCUGACAUCCUCACAAGGCUCAGGCGGUGUGAGCGACAUCGUCUGGGCCGCGCUAGUACGCACGUGUUUCCCGCGCGGCGUGGUGUGGAGGAGUCGAACGAGCAACCCUGUGAACAAGUGGUAUCAAGAGCGGAGCACGGGAAUGUGGAAUUUGCCCGGUGGAAACUGGACUAUGUUUUGGACAGUGGAAGGGGUCACCGCUGGGUGGGGAGGCAUCGAGGGUAGACCACAGGAGAUGAAGAGGUGGGAUGCGUACAUUGAUGUGUGCUCCGGUAUUGAGCCGAGUUGGAUGGAUGGAAAGAAGCAGCUCGAUUAACAUCAUAGCAUGAUAUGAAUCACGAUCAAGCCUAGCGAUCAUCAAACAUGAGCCAAUAUCUUAUGACAAGGCAGCAACAUUUGCGUCACUCCUUGACGCGACCAGCAAAGAUAUCAAUAACCCCUUGCUAAGCCCGUGUGUGCUGGGAGGACCGUGCACAGGGUGGAACGGG